GCGCGUGUUGCUGCGCGCUGCGCUCUUGCAGGCGGCGGUGCGUCCGGAGGGCUUGCGGAGCCUGAGAAACGUAUUUUUCAAAGAAAAUUCCCGCCGCUGGAGAACAAAUGAGUGACAGCAAAGAGGAGGACACCGAGACGAAAACCCCCGACCUCAUGGAAGCGUGUGGGCCCUUGCUGGAGGCGCCCGACGGCCUUUCCGGCUUUCACGACAUGGAAGGCAUCUGCGAGAUCAGCCAUCUCCCGGAAGGCCCGCCGGGCCUCCUCCCCGUCUUGGACGAAGGCGGCUCGGUCGAAGGGACGUCCUACAUCUGCACCGAAUGCGGGAAGAGCUUCUGCAGCAUCUCGAGCCUCAUCAGCCACCAGAAGAGGAACCACUCGGGGGAGAAGCCCUACAAGUGCUCCGACUGCGGGCGCAGCUUCCACCAGAGCUCGGACCUGGUGAAGCACGAGCGGAUCCACACGGGCGAGAAGCCGUACCAGUGCUCGGUGUGCGAGAAGCGCUUCAACCAGCGCUCCUACCUGAUCGUCCACGAGCGCUUCCACACGAAGGAGAAGCCCUACAAGUGCUUCCUGUGCGGCAAGAGCUUCUGCUCCAACGCCCACCUCAUGACGCACCAGAGGACCCACACGGGCGAGAGGCCUUACCAGUGCCCCGACUGCGGGAAGCGCUUCAGCACCAGCUCGAACUUCGUCAACCACAAGAAGACCCACACGGAGGAGAAGCCCUUCAGCUGCUCCCUCUGCGAGAAGAGCUUCAAGCGCAGCUCGAACCUCAUCCAGCACGAGAGGACCCACACGGGCGAGAGGCCCUACACCUGCUUGACGUGCGGGGAGAGCUUCGCGUCCAACUCGGGCCUGGUGAAGCACCAGAGGAGCCACACGGGCGAGAGGCCCUACAAAUGCUCCUACUGCGGCAAGAGCUUCAGCCAGAGCAUGAUCCUCACGCAGCACGAGAGGACCCACACGGGCGAGAAGCCCUGCAAGUGCCUCGUCUGCGGAAAGAGCUUCCGCUCCAGCUCCGACCUCGUCAAGCACAAGAGGACCCACACGGGCGAGAAGCCCUACAAGUGCUCGCUGUGCGGGAAGAGCUUCACCACCAGCUCGGACGUGGUGAAGCACGAGCGGACCCACACGGGCGAGAAGCCCUACAAGUGCGGCACCUGCGGGAAGAGCUUCAGCCAGAGCGCACACCUCAUGCAGCACCAGAGGAUCCACACGGGGGAGAAGCCGUACAUGUGCCUCGUCUGCGGGAGGUGCUUCACCUGCAGUGCGCACCUCGUGGUCCAUAAAAGAACCCAUAAAGACCGGGAGGCUUUGCAAGCCUAAACUGUUUUGGUCUUUAGGGGGCUUUUUUGAGGGGUGUGGGGAGUGCUUCCUGUGGGAUGGGGAAUGGAAAUGGCUUUACUCCCCGGUCUGACAUAGUUGAGCAGCAAAGAUCCCAUGCAAAAAAAAGAGAGGAAAUCUUAGGAGCACAGCUGUCAACUUUUCCCUUUUCUUGCAAGGAAUCCUAUUCGGAAUAAGAGAAUUUCCCUUAAAAAAGGGGAAAUGUUGACAGCUAUGCUUAGGAGCGUACUAUGCAGUUUCUUAAACCAGACUUUUAUAAAAACAAUGUGGAGCCUGUUUUUAGAGGAGUGUGUGAAGCAGAAAAAUUUAGUACAGUGGUACCUCGGGUUACAUACGCUUCAGGUUACAGACUCCGCUAACCCAGAAAUAGUACCUCGGGUUAAGA